GCUUUGAACUCCAUGUUUCGACAAUGGGAAAUCAAAGCCGGUAAUUCGUGGAAUAUCAGUGGAGAACCGUGCAGCGGAGCAGCCCUCAAUUCCAGUGACAUCGAUAACACUCCCGAGAACCCUGCGAUCAGAUGCGACUGUAAUUACAAGAACGGAACCACCUGCCACAUUACAAAGCUAAGAGUAUAUGCGUUGAAUGUGAAGGGGGUGAUACCAGACGAGCUGGCCAGUUUGACUUAUCUCACCAACUUGAAGCUGGAUCAAAAUUAUUUGACAGGUCCAAUGCCCGCAUUUCUUGGCAAUUUAUCUGCAAUGCAAUACUUGUCAUUUCGUAUCAAUGCAUUGUCCGGAAGCAUCCCAGCCGAGCUUGGAAAACUUACAGACUUGCGUUCACUGGCUUUUGGUUCAAAUAACUUUUCUGGGCCACUCCCUCCGGAAAUUGGGAAUUUAGUCAAACUUGAACAAAUUUACAUAGAUAGCUCUGGAGUGAGUGGUGAAAUUCCUGCAACAUUUGCUAAACUAGUAAACAUGCAGAUUUUGUGGGCAUCAGAUAACAACUUCACAGGCAAAUUACCUGAAUUUAUCGGGAAUUGGACAAAGCUCAAAACUUUGAGAUUCCAAGGGAAUUCUUUUGAAGGUCCAAUACCAUCAAGUUAUUCAAAGUUGACUUCAUUAACAGAUUUGCGAAUAAGUGAAUUAUCUAAUGCCAAUUCAACAUUGGAUUUCAUUAAAGACAUGAAGGCCUUAACUGUACUAAUUUUGAGAAAUAAUAUGAUUUCGGGUACUAUUCCAUCUAGUAUUGGAGAGCUUCAAAGUUUGAAAACAUUAGAUUUAAGCUUCAAUAAUUUAAGAGGAGAGAUUCCAAGCUCUUUAUUCGAUUCGAGUUCUCUAUCUUACUUGUUUCUCGGAAACAACAACCUUUCUGGUUCCAUUCCUUUUGGAUAUAGUGCAAGUCUAAUCAGCAUUGAUUUGUCCUAUAAUCAAUUAUCAGGAGACCUUCCUUUCGAGAACGAAGAUUUACAAUUGAAUUUGGUUGCCAACAAUUUUGUAUUUGAUGAUUCAAAUUCUAGUCUUCCUUUUCCAGGCCUACAUUGCCUUCAACGGAAUUUUCCAUGCAAUAGAGAUUCUCCACGUUAUGCAUACAUUUCAAUCAAGUGUGGUGGUCUUGGAACCAAGGCAUCUACUGAUGGUCGACGUUUUGAAAGAGAAGAUGAAUCUCUGGGACCAGCAUCAUAUUAUGUAACAGAUACCCAAAAAUGGGGAGUUAGCAAUGUUGGACUGUUCAAUGAUAGAAAGACCCAAAGUUAUUUCCAAAACACCUUAUCACAAAUUUCAGGUGCAGGUAUUUUAACCACUGAGUUCUUCCAAACAUCAAGGCUAUCUCCAGGAUCACUAAGAUACUAUGGCCUAGGUUUGGAAAAUGGAGUCUACACAGUAAGCCUUUGGUUUGCAGAGACAGGAAUCAGUGAUGCAAGCACAGAAACUUGGCAAAGUCUUGGCAGGCGUGUUUUUGACAUUUAUAUACAGGGGAAUCGAGAAUUAAAAGACUUURAUAUAAGGAAGGAGACAGGUGGAGCCUCGAAUUUUGCUGUUCAGAAARACUUUAAGGCAAAUGUGUCUGAGAAUUUUCUUGAAAUUCAUCUUUUCUGGGCUGGAAAAGACUUCACACCAACAACCACAACAAGUAAGGAAAAGACAGGAUUGAUUGUUGGACUAGUAGUUGGUGUUUCAGUUGCAAGCUUUCUGGCAGUUUUUAUAGUUUUUUACUUAAAAAGGAAAAGAUCAAGUGCCAAUGAGGAAGAAGAGUUUAUGGGAAUAGGUCCCAGAUCAAACACAUUCAGUUAUGCUGAACUGAAAAAUGCUACAGAAGACUUCCAUUCGAAAAAUAAGCUAGGAGAGGGGGGCUUUGGGCCAGUUUACAAGGGUACCCUUCUUGAUGGGAGGGUAGUGGCUGUGAAGCAACUCUCAGUAGCAUCCCAUCAAGGAAGAAGUCAAUUUGUAACAGAGAUUGCUACCAUAUCUACAGUCCAACAACGUAACCUUGUCAGAUUAUAUGGAUGCUGCAUUGAAGGAGAGAAGCGUCUCUUGGUCUACGAGUAUCUUGAAAACAAAAGCCUUGAUCAAGCCCUUUUUGGGAAGACUUCUUUGAAUCUUGAUUGGCGAACUCGCUAUGAGAUAUGCUUGGGAAUUGCAAGAGGGCUAGCUUAUCUUCAUGAAGAGUCAAGACCUAGGAUUGUACACAGAGAUGUCAAGGCUAGUAAUAUUCUACUUGAUGCUGAGUUAAAUCCCAAAAUUUCAGAUUUUGGUUUGGCCAAGCUGUAUGAUGACAAGAAGACCCACAUUAGCACCAGAGUUGCAGGAACAAUUGGCUAUCUCGCACCAGAGUAUGCUAUGCGUGGACAUCUAACCGAGAAGGCUGAUGUGUUUGGGUUUGGAGUUGUCACUCUAGAGAUCAUUAGUGGGCGGCCAAAUUCUGACUCCAGCUUGGCUCCAGAGAAGAUUUAUCUUCUUGAAUGGGUAUGGAAUCUACAUGAAAAGAGCCACGAGCUUGAACUUGUUGAUCCAAAAUUAAGUGAAUUUGAUGAAGGAGAAGUUCAUCGACUUAUAGGAAUAGCCCUGUUAUGCACUCAGACUUCACCAGCACUGCGCCCCUCCAUGUCACGCGUUGUGGCCAUGCUUUCAGGAGAUAUUGAAGUGAGCACCAUCACAUCCAAACCCAGUUAUUUAACAGAUUGGCAAUUUAAUGAUAUCACCAGUAGCUUUUUGAGUAAGAAUUCUUUGAGCAAGUCAAUGUCAGAGUCAACUGACAGCCAAUUCAAGACAUCAUCAGAUACUACCAUGGUGACUGCAGACACUUCCACAAAAGUUGUUUCUCAACCAAUGCUCCAUAAUAUCAUUGGAGACGGAAGGUGAUAAUUGGCUUCCAUGUUAUCGAAACUUGUAUCAUGAAUAUAACCUUUUAUGAUGUAUCUGACCAUCAGCCUAAUUAUGAUGUACUCAGUUGCAGUAAAAUGUAUAUACUUUGGAAAAUCC